AUGGAUUUAGAUGCGAUUUACAGAUCUAAUUUGAAGCAAAAAGCUCGUUUGAGAUGGGACAUUGAUGGCAAUGAGAACUCUAAGUUUUUUCAUGGUAUUGUUAACAAUAAUAAGCGGAAAAAUCGAAUUAAUGAGCUGAAUUUGGAUGGUGAUUGGGUUUCAGAGCCCGGACCUUCUAUAUCUCAUCUUAUGUAUGUUGAUGACGUGACAUUUAUUGGCGGCUGGUCGGAGAUAAAUUUUGUGAAUCUGAAUAGAUUACCUCGUUACUUUUUUAUUGCUUCAGUUUUGAAGGUGAAUCUUCACAAAAGAAAGGUGUAUGUGGGGAUGAAUAUGAAACUUGCCAAAAAUUGGAAUCUAGUAAUGGAGAAGUUUAAGAAGAGGUUAUCAAAUUGGAAGGCGAAAGCGUUGUCUUUUGGUGGUCGUCUCACUCAUGUGAAUUCGGUCUUAUAUAGAUUGCCUCUGUACUAUUUUUCUAUCUUUAGAGCUCCAAGGAAGAUCAUUCUUAUGCUUGAUGGUAUUAGAAAGAGGUUUCUUUGGGGCAAUGAUGGUGAAAAGAGAAAAAUAAAUUUGGUUUCUUGGGAUUUGGUGACUAAACCUAAGAGAGAGGGAGGUCUUGGUGUGGAUUCUCUCGAGUCGGCUAAUUUGGCUCUUCUUGCCAAAUGGUGGUAG